GACCGCCUCCUGCUGAGCCGGAGCAGGCAGCCUAGCCCGGCGGUGAGCUAGCCAUGACAGCGCUGCGGGGGCUCUGGCCCGAGAUGCAGGACACCUGCACCUCGCUGGGGCUGAUGCUGUCGGUCGUGCUGUUCACAGGGCUGGCCCGGGUGGUCACCCGGCAGCAGCAGCUGCACAGCCCCAUGGCCCACGCCUUCGUUUUGGAGUUUCUGGCCACCUUGCAGCUCUGCUGUUGCACCCAUGAGCUGCAGCUGUUGAGCGAGCAGGAACCCGCGCACCCCACCUGGCCGCUGACGCUAAUCUACUUCUUCACGUUGGUACAUGGCCUGACUCUGGUGGGCACCUCCAGCAACCCUUGCGGCGUGAUGAUGCAGAUGAUGCUGGGGGGAAUGUCCCCCGAGAUGGGUGCGGUGAGGCUGUUGGCUCAGCUGAUUGGUGCCCUGGGCAGCAGGUACUGCAUAGGCGCCGUGUGGAGCCUGGGGCUGACCAAGUAUCACGUCAGCGAGAGGAGCUUCGCCUGCAAGAAUCCCAUCCAAGUCGACCUGCCCAAAGCGGUCAUCAUAGAGGCCCUCUGCUCCUUUAUCUUCCAUAGCGCUUUGCUGAACUUCCAGGAGGUCAGAACCAAGCUUCGUAUCCACCUGCUGGCAGCACUCAUCACCUUUUUGGUCUAUGCAGGAGGAAGUCUAACAGGAGCUGUAUUUAAUCCAGCUUUGGCACUUUCACUACAUUUCAAGUGUUUUGAUGAAGCAUUCCUUCAAUUUUUUAUAGUAUAUUGGCUGGCUCCUUCUUUAGGUAUAUUGUUGAUGAUUUUGAUGUUCAGCUUUUUCCUUCCAUGGCUGUAUAACAACCAUACAAUUAAUAAAGAGGAAUAACCAUUCCAAAAGACUCAGACUAAGUUACAGGACAGUCAAGCUGGACAUGAUAAAGAUUUUACCACCCCACAUUCAACACACUGGCUGCACAUCCUGGAUUCAUCAACGUUAGCUUCCUUUGAGGAAGCUGCCUUAGAGUUUUCAUCACUGGAACUUAAAAAAAAUUACUGUGAAAAUGAGGUAUCCUGUGUUUCUCAGUUAAGACUUCUUCUUUUGAGUGUGUAUUAAAUGCUGUUAGAAAAGACUCAGUACAUUAAAUAUAAAUCUCAAGUGAUAACUGUUAAUUUUGAUGGAAAAAAAAAUGAGUACAAGGUGAGAAGGGAAGGGACGGUGAUGGUAGGACCAAAAGAAAGAGUGUGUGUAUCAAGUGUCUCCUGAAUGAAUAGGAUUUUUAACCAAAGUACAACCAGUCACGCUUACAGAACUGGAGAGAGGCUGCUUUUCAGCCACUACCUCACACAGCGAUACCAUCAGCAGUGUCAUCUUUCAGUAGGAAAGUUGCUUUUGGAAGUAGAUUAUAUAUCCACUCAUUC